AUGUGUCACAUUAGCAUAUGCAUGGAUGGUGGUGUGAACAAUAUUUCACAAUAUCCUUCUCUAAAACUUGGACGAGUCUGUGUUCCUCACGAUCACCGAAAUUCGGGACGAAAACGUGACCCGGACGCCGCAGCAGCAGCUUGGCAGCAAGCCCAUCGCCUCACAUCACCGAGUGUAUUUGCACAGCUCCGCGAUGGCUCGCUGCACUGA